AUGACACGGCCAUGUCUGCGACUGCCUCUGUUGCGACAAGUCGCCUGGAGAAGCUUCUCUCAAUCCGCUGUCCGCCGUGAGCUCCGCGACAUUGCUGCCUUGCCGGACCGCAUCCGCCCUUCGUAUCAAGAGACCAAACACCAGGACCUUCUUUCGCUGCAAUGGCCUCAGCCGCCUCGUAACAUCCUGAUCGUGCACAAGACUGGCUCUGACACUGUCGCUGAAGCCGUCCAUGAAUAUGCCAACCACAUCCAUUCGACCUAUCCUGGCGUCUCUCUCAUCUUUGAGCCCAAGGUCGCCAAAGCCCUGUAUACCGACUUCUCUUUCCCUAUCUACACCACGACAGGAGAACCAACAGAUGCUCGCUUACAAGACAAGGUCGACCUGACCUCGACUCUCGGCGGUGACGGCACAAUUCUCCACGCCUCAUCCCUCUUCGCGAACGCCCAGAAUGUCCCUCCCAUCCUUUCUUUCAGCAUGGGUACCCUGGGCUUUCUCGGCGAGUGGAAGUUUUCCGACUACAAGCGUGCCCUCCGCGAGGUCUACAUGUCAGGCGCCUCCGCGGGCUACGGAAGUGCCCUUCUGGAGACAGAGUCUGGCAAAGAGAAAGACCUAUUCUCAGGCUGGAGUUCUGUCCGUGGCAUGUCCAUGGGCCCAUCACGUUCAUCUCGUGUCCUUCUCAGAAACAGACUAAAGGUCGGCAUCUUUGCCGCAGACGGCACUCCCAUCACCCACGCCGACCCUUCGGCACCUAUGUGCUCCUCCGAUUGCGAGACCAACAACAACUGUGACGUCUUUGCAAUGAACGAAGUUCUACUCCACCGUGGCCGCACACCUCAUCUCAGCAUCAUCAACAUCUACGUCGGUGGUCGCUUCUUGACUGAAGCAGUAGCCGAUGGCCUAUUGAUAAGCACACCCACUGGGUCGACAGCCUACUCCUUAUCCUCUGGCGGCAGCAUCGUCCAUCCUCUCGUCUCUUCCUUACUGCUUACUCCCAUCUGCCCACGCAGCCUCUCCUUCCGCCCUCUGGUACUCCCCUCCAAUACACCUAUUACCUUGCGAUUGUCUCCUAAGAACCGCAGCGACGAGAUAGAGCUGUCUGUCGAUGGAGUACGCAGAGAAAAGGGCUUGACAAGAGGUAUGGAAGUCAGAGUCGUGGGAGAAGAAGUCAGGAGUGAAGAGAGGACUUGGGGUGGAGGUGGUGUGCCGUCUAUUGUUAGGACUGGUGGAAACAAUGGAGCUGAAGGCCAUGACCACUGGGUCGGUGGCUUGAACGGUCUGCUCAAGUUCAACUUUCCUUUUGGCGAGGAGUAG